AUGUCGUCGCCCCGUGUUGGUCUUCGUUUCUUCCAAAACUCCAGAGCGGCUUUCCGCAGCGCUUUCCGCAGGCCUGGUGCCCAGGGACGCCGCUUUCAGACUUCAGAUGCGACGGCUGAGCAGCAGAGCACCUUCCAGCGUAUAUGGAAUAGCCCCGUCGGUGUGAAGACGGUCCAUUUCUGGGCCCCCGUGAUGAAGUGGGCUCUUGUCAUCGCCGGUAUCUCCGAUCUCAGCCGCCCUGCCGAGAAGCUGUCCCUGACUCAAAAUGGUGCUUUGAUGGCUACUGGUGCUAUCUGGACUCGCUGGUGCUUGAUCAUCACGCCCAAGAACUAUCUUCUUGCUGCUGUCAACUUCUUCCUUGGAUGUGUCGGUGUUGCUCAGGUCACACGUAUCUUCCUGUACCACCGAAGCCUCGAAGGCUCUUCGAAAGAAGCUGUGAAGGAUAUGGAACACGAGGUUGCGGAUGCUGCGAAGGCUGCGGCAACCAAGGCUGGGGAGAUUGUGAAGAAGUCUGCUUAAACUGUCUAUAUAGAGCUAUGAGGUAGCUGCAUGGGGAAUACACUAGUUCAACACGGCAUAUCUAUCGCAACGUCAAUAGAUUGUUUGCAUUCUUUUUCACAGCUUGGUGCAGAUGAAACGACGAUGACUCCGUGGAAUUUUCCUUCGCGCCAAACUGUACCAAGCAAGUUGUCAAUCAAUGAAGACAAAAGCGAUCUGUAACUAUACUAUAUACUCUGUACUGUCAGCCUAUAUCGUCGAGCACUGUAUUCAGUAGGCCAGUCCACGAUUGAAUC